CAUGGAUCGACAAUGUGAUAGAGACAUUCAACCCUGACGUCAAAGAACGGUGAUUAUGGUUUGACUUGGAUUCUUACUUCCCCCCCUAUCCUUCUCUUUUCUUCUUCUGCACUCAAUAUUAAUUUCUAAACAUCCAGUGACAACCUUUGCUUCUUUUAUAUCCAUUGGCUGUGAUAUCAAGCGAUUCAUAGACAUUUCGGAUGUCAAUAAAGCAAUAACUUGGGGUAGAUACCCUUGGUAACGAGGAUGGCCACCAUGCGAAACCCGGCAGCCUUGACCGACCUCCCACUUGAGCUAUUAUGGAUGGUCUCUGAGUAUCUGUCACCAGUUGACCUUGCUUGUCUCGCCUUAGGGAAUCGUCAUCUGCUGCAUUCCUUUGCUGGGGCUGCUUUCAAAAACUUCUCAAACGGCCGCACCGGAAAUCCCACGGAUGACGCACGUAUCCAGCUAUUAUCUCGGCUUUCUUGCGACCUACCGCAGUACCAUCUCUGCUUUAUUUGUCUUCGACUUCAUUUGUGGAAAAAGGCUGGGCUGCCAAGCUAUCAUUUCAAGGUCAACCACCGCACAGAUGCCUUGGAUUAUACCAAUUGGUACCUUAUAAACGAUCUACCCCUCUCUCACCACCCAUCACAUACCCUUUACAGGUUCCACUUCGUGCAUCUACAGCUUGCCAUGAGAAGGUUUUACUACGGACCGGAGUUCGGAAUCCCCGUUGAGUCAUUGCUCUACACAGAGAUCAAAGCAAGCCGAUUCAAAUCUAACGGCCCGCUCUUACUACACCCCCCUAUCAACAAGGCAUCAGAAGGAGAUACUCAACAGGAUAAUAUGAUGAUUCUAUUCUCUGCUGAAGCUCGAAUCUGCUCUACGCCUCCGGCUUUAUGUAUGCGGACGCAAGAUAUAGCGGUAGUAACACGACAUAAUUUACCACGGCUGUGGCCAUGCCGCGAAAACGGACCUAUGAGUGUCUGCCGGCAUAUCCCCACUUUUGACCCGGGCUUCGACGACAUCUUGGCCUCUCAAAUUAGGCAUUAUUGCUCUACCACAAGCCCCCCGGUCCCAGCCGACCAAGGGAGUUGUGAUAAAUGUAAUACCUCUUGGCAGUUGGAGAUUCGAACCCUGGAUGAAACUCAUGCAAGCCUCAUUCUUACCAUAUGGAUGGACCUAGGACCGGGGCUCAGUGUGGAAGAUCCUCAGUGGAAGUAUCGUCUUUUUAAUGUACCCCCCUCGCUUUCAGCAAAACACGAAAUAGUGGACUCUCGCCUACGGUUCGAGAGGGACUCUGUUCAAGCUAGGUCUCCAAAUGCUCUGCCUGAGGAUGAGAUGUAUCACCGCAAUAUGUCGUUGCUAGAAGGGAAGAGAUAUCAAACGGUGAUGACUCCAGUAGACGGUAGAAUCUACGUAUUGCACGGACAAGCAGAAGCAAAAGCAAAGACAAGUCCUUCUCGCUGUAUUAUUCUCUGAGAAAAGCCAGCUAGGGUAUCCAAUGUUUGUUUAAUCUUUUAGAGGAACGCAAUUCAAGUCUUGGUUCUAGGGCUGUAGAUUGUCGAAAUCCCGCGUGUACUUCGAUGGAUCCACUACGAUAUUUCUGGAACGGGACCAAAUCAUGCGCUAAACCUAGUUAGAUCUAUGACAGA